AUGCACAAGACUACAAACGGCGAGGGGACGGGGCAACCAGCCCUGGUCGCAGCAGAGGAUGCAUUGCGUGGGAUGAAGAACGACCUCGAGUUCACGCAAUGGUAUGGUAGUGUUAAGGAUGAAUUGCUAGAAGCAAGCUACGAAAAGUACCAAUCAUGUCUAGACGAUCUGGAAUCAUCGACCUGCCACCUUGACUCUCUACUCCAAGACACCUCACACACUUUGGAAAUUCUCUCGAGACUAUCACAAUCAUUUGAGGCAGUGGAGGAUCGGACAUCUGUCUUUCGGAAACAAUGUGAAGGCCUUCUUUCCGCGCGGAACAGAAGUUCGAAAUUAGCAGACGAGAUUCAGGAGAAUCUGGUGCCUUAUGACUACUUGGACCCAAUAUCAAGAAGGCUUAAUGCACCAGGAGCUAGCAACUCAGUUCGCUCGAAAGAUUUCUCGGAUAUGCUGAGGCGUCUAGAUGAAUGUCUAGACUACAUGCAUGCGCAUCCAGAGCAUAAAGAGGCAGAAGUAUAUAGAGCUCGCUAUCGCUUACUCCUCACUCGUGCGCUCACGUUAAUUCGCGGCCAGUUUGUCUCAACCGUGCGGGACAUUUCCUCCGGAGUUACGAAGCGAAUUGCCGAUCGCCAGCUUAAUGAUACAACAAUGUCCGCCCUUUUAUAUGCUAAAUUCCGUGUUGGUGCCCCGGAGAUGAAAGAGAUGGGACUCGAAAUUCAGAAGCGAGCGGUUCCUCCCCUAGACCCCGAACAAGGCGCCGAAGCAGAGUACCAAAGCCUUCUCAACGAACUCCAUAUAAACUUUGCAACUUCCCGUGCAAGAUUAGUUGUUCCUCUUGUCAGGAAAAGACUAAAUGAUAUUGCAAAUGCGCCUAGCACAUCAAAGGAUCUGGUUGCGUUUGCAAGAACUAGCAUCAGCUAUGUACGUGGUAUAUGCCUUGAUGAAUUUGAAUUGUGGGGAGAAUGGUUCCAUGGGCAAUAUGGUCUUUAUGAUUUUCUUGAGGCUAUCUGUGAACCACUUUAUGACCAUCUACGGCCUCGAAUCAUUCAUGACAACAAACUUGUUAGGCUAUGUCAGCUCUGCAUACUACUCCAAACCCGAUAUCUAAACGAGCCAGACGAAGACGGAGAGUGCGUGGUAGAUCCCAAUCAACUAGAUUUUGCGCUAUUGAUCCAACCUGCGCUACAAGAUGCGCAAACUCGACUUGUUUUCCUUGCACAGGCUAUUUUGCGAGCUGAAAUCGAGAGGUUUAAGCCGCGCCCAGAGGACCUUGAUUACCCUGCUAAAAAUAAACAAACGUCGACCAGUGCGCAAAACACUUUUGCACCAGUGGUUUCAGGAAGGAAGACAUCAUCAAUUGAACCGAAGCUGCCAACUGUUGUGGAUGAGGAUACGGACUCCCCGGCGGAGAAAGAUUCCCAAUGGGACUUUACGUCUCAGGCAAUGUUUGAAGGGUGGUAUCCCACUCUGAAGAAGGCAAUUUGGCUGUUAAGUCGCAUAUAUCGCUUGGUUAACUCGAAAGUGUUUGAUGACUUAGCCCAUCAAAUUGUCCACCAAACAACUUUUUCAAUUCAACAGGCAGGUACGGAGAUCUCUUCCAAAAAGUCUAAACCGGACGGCCUCCUAUUCUUGAUUAAGCACUUGCUGGUACUGAAACAGCAAAUUGUUGCUUUCGAUAUCGAAUUUGUGUCGCCUGAUGUAUCAUUUGACUUCUCCGGAGUAACCAAUACAUUUUGGGAACUACAAGAGCGUGGAGGACUCUUCAAUACCCGAACUUGGAUGCAGCUUGUAGGAGGCGGCCUUCUACCCCAGGUAGUGGAGAAUAUGUUGGACGCCAAAGUUGAGCUCGACGGUACACUUCGAACAGUAAUCAAUGAUUUCACCAAUACGUUCGCAACCAGAAUGACUUCUGGUUUACCCCAAGUAUCGGGCAAAACAUUGACACCGACAUUAUCCCAACAAAUCCAAAAAGGAGUCUUAACUAUGCGUCAUUCAAUUGAGGAGGAAGUACCUAAUUUACGUCGGUUACUAGACGAUUAUCUCGAAGACAAAAGAACAAAAGAAACGCUUGUCAGUGCUGUACAGGAUAAUGUCAUCCAGCUUUAUGAAGACUUUUUGGAAGCAUACGCUGCAACUGAGGCUGGCAAGAGUCAGCCUGGUAGAAAGAACCCUGGAAGACCAGCGGCUUCUGGGGAACUCUGGGAUAUCGAAAAGUUCGGAGAUUGGACUGACUCUAUCUUCAGGCCUAAGAUUGAAGUUUAUGAGAGUGAUCAUGAUGAUGAAAGCCAGGAUGAUGGAUCAGAGGAGGAGAAUGGGGAGUAUGAUAGUGGCAGCAAUCAUGAAGAAGACAAUAGUACUUAG